AUGUUCUCCUCACGGAAAGAAAACGACGACCCGCCGGUCUACCCGGCCGUACCCAACUCCCUGCGGUCAGAAUCAUUCGAAAUGGCCGAGAUGCGAAAAGUUCAAGAAGCUAGAGCCGAUACUGCUCCAAAUGUUACUCCCUACCUCAGCCUCAGAGCAAGGCUCUCUCAAAUAUGGAUGAAUCGCUGGACAAUCCUCCUCAUCCUGGUCCUGGUCCGAGUCAUGAUUCUCAUCGUUGACCUCAAAGAAAACGUCGGAGAUGCCAAAGUCAAAGCCCUCUCCGCCUGUACCAAAGUCGAAGAUGUUGGCAGCGCCAUGGCCUCCAUGCCUCAUUACCUCUCUAGGGGUGUGAACGAACUUGCAGCCUCUGGAAUCGAGAAGUCAGUUGAUGCCAUGGUGUACUUGCUCGACCUGGUCCUUGUCGGCGUCAAGAACAUGAUCGUGUUCUACAUCAACUUUCUGACUGCCACUUACGUGUGCCUGAUUACCGCCAUGGUCCACGGAAGUCUGGAUGUCGUUGCCGAUGUCACUGAAGGGGCAACCGAAAAGUUCAACGGCGUGAUUGACAAGGCUGUGGACAAAAUAGAAAGUCUCUCCAAGGAACUUGAAGAUGGCAUUAACAAGGUCACCAAGGGAAUUGAAGACUCUGUCUUUGGAGACCUUGUUCCCGAUAUCCCCAAGGUUGACUUCUCCAGCCCCGUCAAGGAACUCAAGGACUUUGACAUCAAGUCCGAAGAUUUCGCCAAGGAUGUACGCAAAUUGGAAGACGAUCUCCCUGACUUCCGAGAAGUCCAGAACUUGACAGAGCAAGCCAUCUCGAUCCCGUUCGACUUCGUCCGCAAAGCCCUCAACGAGACCUACGGCAAUUACAAAUUCGAUCGAGAUGUCUUCCCUCUCGCCCAGAAGAAGAAGCUGACCUUUUGUUCUGAGAAUACUGCUCUCAACGACUUCUUCAACAACCUGUUCGAACUUAUUCACAAAGCUCGAACCAUCUUCAUCGCUGUCUUGAUUAUUCUCGCUCUGGCCGCCAUUGUUCCCAUGGCCUGGCUUGAGAUCAGACGCUGGCGGCGACAACAGCAGCAUGCUCGUCUUAUUGCUCAAAACUCGUAUGACCCUAUGGACAUUGUCUACAUUGCGUCUCGACCCAUGACGGCUACUGCGGGCAUCAAGAUCGCAUCGCACUUCAAGGGCAAGCGACAGAUUCUUGUACGAUGGCUGAUCGCUUAUGCUACGUCAGUCCCAGCCCUCUUCAUCCUGUCUCUUGCCAUCGCUGGCUUCUUCUCUUGCUUUUGCCAGUGGCUUCUUCUCAAGGCGAUCAGAGACCAAGUGCCUGCCCUCGCAGGUCAAGUUGGCGCAUUUGCUGACGAUGUUGUUGAGAACCUCGAAAGCGUUUCGGCUGAAUGGGCCCAUGACGCCAACGGCGUGAUCACGAAUUUCAACAGUGAAAUUAACAACGACGUCCUCGGUUAUGUUACAAACGCCACGGAUGCUGUGAAUGACACUCUCAACACAUUUAUUGAUACCAUGAAUGAUGGGCUUGACACUGUCUUCAAGGGAACCAUCCUUCUUGACCCUAUCAAGACAGUCCUUCACUGUGUUAUCGGCAUCAAGAUCGAGAGCGUGCAAAAGGGACUCACCUGGGUUCAUGACCACGCCCAAGUCAACUUCCCACUCUUCGAAAACAAUACCUUCAGCGAGGGUGCGAAGGACUCGGUUGAAGGUGACUCGGAGCUUAACACGUUCCUGGCAUCCCCGUCGUCCGCCACUACUGAUGAGGUCACGGGGGCUGUCAAGGCAGUUACAGAUUGGCUUCACGGGAAGCUGAUCCAAGAUGCUCUUAUCUCUACCGGUAUCCUUCUAGUGUAUGUCCUUGUUGUCCUUAUUGGCACAGUCUGGACACUUGUCGGCAUGGUCUCACCGGACAAGGGCCGCGCCGAAGGUGGUAUGCGCUAUACUGGAGACAACAGACCGGGCUUGAGUCCUCGUGUCGGACACCACGAUCCCGCCAAUCCCGAUGGCGCAACACACUUCCCUCGUUUUGGGUCCUCCUCUGGCGAGAUAGAUCAUUACAGAGAAGAUGCUCCCAGGCAUGACGAGAAGUUCAUGUCCGGUGCGACAGGGGCCCGUGCUACACAGGUGGACGGCCACCAAAGAAGCAGCUCCUACGGCUACCUAGACACGGCAAGCGGCAAAUACUAG